GAAAAACAAGAGGAGUAUAAAUAGGAGGAGCCAUGUGAGAGGAGAGUUGUUUUUGUCAAGAACCAGCUCUGAAAGUAUCGCUGAAGACCCUCAAAGAAAACAAGUUAGUGGGUCCGUUGUUUGGAGUCAUGUGGAAGGCACUCAGCCUUACCUUGGCUCUCUGCCUGCUGGUGGGCUGCAGUGCAGAGAGCGAAACAGAAGGAGCCCGCUGUAAACUUCCUCCCGAGUGGAAGGUUGGGGAUGUGGAGCCCAUGAAGAACGCUCUUGGACAAGUGACAGUAGUGGCUUACCUCCAGGCCAGCUGAUUGUUCUGUCUGGAGCAAGCAUCAAAGCUUAAUGACUUGCUCCUGAAGCUGGAGAACCAGGGUUAUCCAAAUAUAGCCUACAUGGUGGUAAACAACCGUGAGGAAAGGUCCCAGCGGUUGCACCACCUGCUUCAAGAAAGGCUGUUGAACAUCACCCUCUAUGCCCAAGAUCUCAGCCAGCCGGACGUCUGGCAGGCAGUAAAUGCUGAGAAGGAUGACAUUUUGGUCUAUGACAGGUGUGGCCGACUCACUUACCAUCUGUCACUUCCCUACACCAUCCUGAGCCACCCACAUGUGGAGGAGGCUAUAAAACAUACCUACUGUGAUCGUAUUUGUGGAGAGUGCAGCCUGGAGAGUUCAGCGCAACUUGAAGACUGUAAGAAAGCCACGGAAGAAGUGAAUAAACCAGUUGAGGAAGAACCUCGUCAAGAUCAUGGUCAUCAUGGACAUGGUCAUCACGAGCAUCAAGGAGAGGCAGAGAGGCACAGACAUGGCCACCAUCAUCCCCACCACCACCAUCACCACCAAGGCCAACAACAGGUUGAUGUGGACCAGCAGGUCCUGUCCCAGGUUGACUUUGGUCAGGUGGCUGUUGAACCACCAAUGAUGAAACGGCCUUGAGCGAAGCACAGCAGGUGAAAAGUGCAGUACAGCUGACAGCAGGGGGCAGAUUCCCCUGUGGCCAGCGAUGCUGACAACUGACGACAGCUCGUCGACGGAGAGGGCAAUGGGCGCGUGGCAGGUCUCUGACAACUGUGAGGAGCCUCUAUCCUGGCCUCCUGACCCUGACAGGGCCUGAAGGAGCAGGACAACCACAUCAAGGAGACCUGACAGUGACGUCGCCCUCCGGCCGAAUGAGAGCAGUCGCAACCAACCUGAGUCUGACCAGCAGGGGACGCCACUUGAGGGUGACGAAAGAAGUAACAGGGAGCGAUCAAUGAUAUCAGCAUGUAAACAUCAUGUCACUGCUGGGUAACACUCAAGGUGAAACUUACCAACUAGUAUUUACACCUCAGCGUGAGGCAGCACUGGACUUUAGCAUCCCGAUUUGCAAAUUAGUUCUUGUUUAAAA